AUGCUUACGGUUUCCCUACUCUAUUUUCAGUCUGCCAGUACUGGCGUCAUCUCUCAGGUCCCCCUCCCCCCUUGCAUGCCUACGUGUCUGUACCUUUAUCGAAAUUCUCGCGCUGUUCAGGCAUAAAGCUCAGAAUCUUCAGAUAGGCUGAGUAGGAGUGUUGGAAGUCUUGUGGCUCACGCGUUCGAUCACGCGUGCUAUUCGACGAAAACCUCAAGAUACUGAAACGAUGCGGCUGAUGGGGAGCGUGAUAGGGGUUUUCAAGCGUAUUUAGAAAGUGGAGCUUACAUAAGCCAUUCAGCAUUUUGUCAAGUCUGUGCACUCUUCUGGGGUACUUCCACCAAGGAACAUGGCAGCAGAGGUCCAAGCACCGUCAGCGACAGCCGCUUCAACGUCCUCGAUGUCUUCCAUUCGAGCAACCAAGAGAAAACUCGAAGAUGCCAUUCAGUCACUGGACGUCGCCGUUUCGCCGUCGACCAGCUCGCAGUCGAUUAGUAGUGUGGCCGAUAAGCCUCCUCUCGCUAAGCGUCCAAAUCUCUCCCGCUCUUUCUACUCGACACUCGCAAAAUAUGGCAUAGAGUCUCGUACCGAAACCAAGCACACUUCCUCGCCCGACAUCUCAAACACCAUCAACCUCUCCACAAGCGCACCUCACCUUGCCGCCAUUCUCGCCCGCACAGCAUCUCGCUCUUCGCAAAGUUCUCCAUCCAAUCAGAAAACGAUUACCUUCAAACACUCUUCUGCACCUCCAGUACAUGCAACGUCCGAAUACAGACCUUCGUCGACGCAAUCCUUUCUGUCUCGCCUUGCCACGUACAAGCUCUCCACAUAUGCCAACAAGCCACCACAAAUCGAUGCUGUGGCCGCAGCCAAGCGUGGAUGGGUAAACGACGGAAAGGAUAGGUUGGUAUGUGGGAUAUGUGAUGUGUCGUGGGUGCUUGCAGGACGAGAUGGCAUGACCAAGGAAGCUGCCAAUGCUUUGAUCGAAAAACAACACAUUUCGCUUGUGGACAUGCACAAGGAUGGAUGCCCAUGGAAGACGAGACAAUGCGAAGAUUCUGUGUACCGCGUGCCCCUUCAAACCCCGAGUUUCACUGCUCGCGACUUGAGAAUUACCGCUGUUGCUCUAGAUUCUAUCAUAUCUAAAAUUGCCAUCAAACACCCACUUACAUCUUCGCAGCUGAGCUCCCUUCGUUCAGCCGUGUCAACGGCCACUGUCCCGACCCCGCCUUCUGAAGAUCCUUCUGCUAUGCAAGCCGAUGAGAGCGCACCGCCACCAGCGGCCAAGUUAUCAGAUACUUCGUUCAUCGUGGCCCUCUUUGGGUGGCAGCCCGCGCCUUCACCUCCUCUCGAUCGCCGACCAAUGUCGUCCUUGUCGAUGUCUUGUUCAGGGUCGUUCGUGGCCUCUGUGUCCACACCCGCGCUUUCGCGUGCAAGUUCUGUCUCGCGUUCGUUCACGGACCGGGGGUCCACGCCUGCGCCGAUGCCACCCCCGUCUGCAUCGCCCCGUAUAGGUAGGAGCGCCUCUAGAUUACAACUCAGCGCAUCCCCGGUUCGCCCACUCCAUGCGAACAACGGGGUUCCCAGUAGUGCAUCUGCAAUGGGACUAUCAACGUCGUCCACAUCAGCAAAGGAUAUGUCACUCAUACAUUGCCCGCUGUGCCAGAGACGCGUGGGGUUGUGGAGCUUUGCAACCGUAGAGCUCGCCGACGAGAGUUCAAUGGGUGAGGAACAGGAGCAGCAGCAUGCGCCUUUGUCAUCGACGAGCGGAAAAUCCCUGUCGGCGUUCGCAUCAGCAGCGAGGACAUCGGGCUCGCGAUCUCGAAGAGCUUUCGAUGUCGUAAAAGAGCACCGCUCGUACUGUCCGUAUGUCGUCCGAUCAACAGCUGUACCAUCGCUUCCUUCCGCGACGACGUCCGGUACAUCCAACCUCCCUGAUAAUGGCGGUGGUUUGGUAGAGGGUUGGCGGGCCGUAUUGACUGUUGUUCAGCGGCACGGGUUAAGUCAGCGACAACGGAUGUCGCGGUUCGUCUCUGGUAGCAGCGAGGGUACCGAGAGAGGGCGAGACGAGGAGUUGGAAGGCGUGGAGGCGAUGGUAGCCGGUGUGAAGAGUAAAGGGGGAAGAGACCUUUUAAAAUAUGUCAGGGGUCUCCUUGGAUAGAAGGUGGACUGAUUGGAUAUGCAUCAUGGUCGAGUGUCCAAGUUAUUUAACAGUUGACGUGAUAUUUGUACACUAACAAUAUUCAAGCUUAUGCAUUAAUUCACUCGCACUCGUUGACAGAACUAUCAACAUCAC